AUGGCCGACUCCGCCCUGACGCCGGAGCAGCUGGCCACCGUCAAGGAGCAGGUCUUCAAGGCGAUUGGGUUCAGGGAGGAGGAUGGCCCCGUGGUGCAGCGGCCGGCGGGGCCGACCUCGGCCUCGGACACCGAUGCGGAGGCCGCGCUGGACACCGACGCUUUCUUCGUGCUCUUCAGCGGAUACCUCGUAUUCUUCAUGCAGUGCGGCUUUUGCAUGCUGUGUGCGGGCUCCGUGCGCGGCAAGAACGCCAAGAACAUAAUCCUGAAGAACCUGUUGGACGCGUGCUUCGGCGCCCUGGGCUGGUACCUGGCGGGUUACGGCCUGGCCUUCGGCGAGGACUCCAACGACUUCCUGGGCGUGUCGAAUUUCGCCCUGCACGACGUGCCGCCCAGCAGAUACCACAACUGGCUGUUCCAAUACGCGUUUGCCGCGGCGGCGACGACGAUCGUGUCCGGGGCCGUGGCGGAGCGCACCAGCUUCGUGGUGUACCUGCUGUAUGCCCUGUUCCUCACUUCCUGGGUGUACCCCAUCAUCGCACACUGGGUGUGGGCGCCCACAGGCUGGCUGUCUGCGCGCUUCGUCUACAAGUCGUCGCUUUUUAAUGGCACGGGACUGCUCGACUUUGCUGGUUCAGGUGUUGUCCACCUGACUGGUGGGCUGGCAGGGAUGGCAGGUGCAUGGAUAGCAGGCCCACGCCUUGGACGCUUCGAUGCAAGUGGAAAGGCUCGUGAGAUCCCUGGGCACUCCGCCUCCCUGGCCCUACUGGGUGUCUUCAUCCUAUGGUUUGGAUGGUACGGUUUCAACCCAGGAAGUGCUCUGGCCAUAGUGGAUAGUUCGGAGAUCGCUGCCCUCGCUGCCAUCACCACCACCCUAUCUGCUGCUGCGGGCUGUAUCACCACUCUCUUCAUAUCCAUGGCCAUAAGCUACAAUGCUACAGGGUCGAUCAUGUGGGAUGUGAUCGGCGCCGGCAAUGGGGUGCUUGCAGGCCUGGUGUCGAUCACGGCCUCUUGUGCAGUAGUCCGCCCCUGGGCAGCUUGCGCGAUCGGUGUCUUUGGCGGCUUGUUCUACACGCUGUCAUCCAGUGUGGUGCUGCAUGCGCUCAAGGUGGAUGAUCCACUGGAUGCAGUAUCCAUUCACGGAGGUUGUGGGAUGUGGGGCCUCAUUGGUGCAGCUCUAUUUGCAGACGAGCGAUUGGUCCACAUGACCUACCCUACAAUUCUAAACGACGAUACUUCUCAGGCGAGGAGACACUUUGGGCUUUUGGUGGGUGGAAAUGGGCAGCUGCUCGCUUCUGCUGUGGUGGGCAUCGUUGUGAUCGUCGGCUGGGUUCUGGGGCACAUGGUACCCUUUUUCCUUCUUAUGAAGAAGAUGCGCUUCAUGCGUGUUGACCCCCAGCAAGAGGCUGAGGGUCUUGAUAUUGUGCAUCACGGUGGCAGUGCCUAUCCCAGGGAACUGAAGGGCAGCUCAACAGACAAGCUCACUGCCGGCAGCGAGCCUUCCUUUAACGCGGUGCAGAAUAGCAAAGUCAUCAGGGACAUAAUGAACGAUGUGGAGAUAAUGAAGGGUCAGAUUCAUCGGGUGUUCGCAAACCAGGCGGGACCGGUCAGCAGGGACCAUUCGGAGCACUCUGUAGGGUGGUCCCGAUGA